CAGCAGCACGACGAGCCGGUGAUCCCCUUCAGCCCCAACGACCGCAUCCUGCUGGUGGGAGAGGGCGACCUGAGCUUUGCCGCGUCCAUCAUCGAGCAUCACGGCUGCACAAAUGUCACGGCGACGGUCCUGGAGAAGGACCAUGCCGAGCUGCUAGCAAAGUACCCCGCCGUGGAUACCAACAUUGCCAAGCGCAAGAUCGUCAACAACAAGCUGGUCUACAACGUCGACGCCACAAAGCUCCCUCCCUCCGUCGCCCGCGUCCCCCACGACCGAAUCAUCUUCAACUUCCCCCACGUCGGCGGCAAGUCCACAGACGUCAACCGCCAGGUCCGCUACAACCAGGAGCUGCUCGUCUCCUUCUUCCAGCGCGCCCUCUCCUCGCCCGCCGCCCCGCUCGCCCGCGGCGGCUCCAUCGUCGUCACCCUCUUCGAGAGCGAGCCCUACACCCUCUGGAACAUCCGCGACCUCGGUCGCCACGCCGGCCUCCAGCUCGAGCGCAGCUUCCGAUUUCAGGCAGACUCGUACCCGGGCUAUCACCACGCUCGCACGUUUGGCGUCGUGAGGAACAAGAAGGGGGAGGAGAGCUCUGGCUGGAAGGGCGAGGACAGGCCGGCGAGGAGCUACGUCUUU